GAUCAUCUCCAGGUCAUCUCUGCUGAACCACAUGGCCCGAGAACAUUCCUUCAGCAUCGGACUCCCGGACAACAUCGUGUUCUGCAACGAGUUCCUGGACACGCUGCAGAACAAACUGGACAAGUAGGAAUCAGACACGUUCCAAUGGGUUUGAUUAUUGAUUCAUCAUCUGUUCAAUAUCAGAAACUGAUCACAUCAUGAAUGACAGCUGAUGCUCUGCAGAUGUCAGGUCAUUGUGUUAAGUUUAGAACAGAUUUAAUCAAGUGUUGUCUUCUUGUGUGUUAAUGUUGUGUUGUGCUUCCUCUGCUCAGUCUGCAGUGUUUGUACUGUGAGAAGACGUUCAGAGAUAAAACCACAUUGAAAGUCUUCAUUUGAUUUCCUGUUGUGUAAUGAGCUUUACAACAACUGAAGCUUUGUGGGGUUUUGUUAUUGUGUUGUUUGUUUCAGGACUCACACGACUUCGAUCUUCACAAGCUGAGGACAGAACUCAGUGAGUGAAACAUCAGCAACCUCCAGAACCUGCAUCAUCUGUGACAUGAGAUCUUUGUCUUCAGGCAGUUCAACAGAUUACACAACUGUUUGUUCUUCUACACAAGAGAAGCAACAACAGUGUGUAGUCAGAAGAGAAGCAGGACACGAAACUCUUCAGUCCCUAAAUCACAAUGUGAAACCAAAACCAACCAGAUCCACAGAAACUGAAGAGAAACACGUGAAGCUUCAGACUCGGAUCAGAACUCGAGUCUUGAUUCACAGAUUCACAGACGAUGCAGAUUGAAAUGCAGACGUUUGAAUAUUGAUGAGACGCUCUGUGUUCACCUCUCGCUGUCUGCUCCUCUCAGACCUCAGGUUCUACCAGCAGGUCAAACUGGUGAACUUCAUCCGGAGGCAGAUCCACCAGAGCCGCUGCUACGGCUGCGAGGGGAAGUUCCUCUCCAGAGCCGACGUGCUGCGCCACAUCGCGGCUGCAGGUCACGUGAUGAAGCUGCCAGACGUGUCCACCUGGGACCAGCCGCAGUAUUACUUCCCCACGUAUGAGAACGACGCCCUCUUGUGUUCGUUAUCUGACAGUGACGAGGCUGAAAGUGAGGAGACGAGUCACGGCGAGGACGUCCCGGUGAUCGCAGAGGACGUGUCCAACCUCAGAGCCCUGAGACAGACCAGCGUCCUCAACCAGCUGCUGAAGAAGAGAAGCUAGGACGAGGGACAGACAGCGGAGUGAAGACGUCUUCCUCUUUUCUUCUGGACUCUUCUUCACUCGCACUUUGUGAAAAGACAAACUGACCCGACGCAGCCGGAACGUGAACUUCAACACUUUACUUCACACAAAUGUUCAUUCAGUCAAUAAAGAGGAUGAUCGUCAUCAGAAGAACUUUAUUACUUUCAGUACAAAUAAUACUGAGACCAGUGGAACCAGUAAGUUUGUCUGUUUACAAACGAGAAUUCAGAACCAAACUAAAAGAGAUGAAUAUGAUUCUGUGUAAUAAACCGUGAGGUUGAAACCUGGUCCAGGGUCAGUUUGUCUUCUACUGGUUCUUCACUGGUGCGAUGUUCUGCUUCACUUUCCCGAGAGUAACCUGU